AUGGAGCGACAGGAAUGGAGCUUGGAAGAUUACCAUAUCUGCAAGACAUUGUAUAAUGGCUACGCGGCACAAGUGUACACGGCCACAUGUCGGUACUCAGGUAUGGAGGUCGUCCUGAAGGUCUAUCACGACGUCGACAAGUCUCCAGACGUGGCUCAGCACGAAAUGUAUCGCGAGGUUGCAAUCCAGAGCGGACUGCAGCACCCAAACAUUGUCCACCUUUUUGGCGCAUUUGAGGAGGGUGAUACACUUGUGCUCGUCCAAGAGUACGUGCCCAAUGGCGACCUGCUCGCGCUCAUGCACAGCCACGGCGGCCGGGUUGACGAGCUUACCGUUGUCAAGGCUGUGAUGCGGCCUCUGCUGGCCGCGCUGAUGUACCUUCACCGCUGGGGAAUUGUCCAUCGCGAUGUGAAGCCCGAGAACGUGCUGUUCGCGGCCGACGGUUCUAUAAAGUUGGCUGACUUUGGUCUUGCGAUUAACAUGGUGGAGGAACGACCAAUCAGCCGCGUAGGCACGCUAGAUUACAUGGCACCAGCACGAUACGGCUUUGCGACUGACGUGUGGGCCGUGGGCAUUGUUACGUACGAACUGCUGACUGGACUGCCGCCGUACGCCUCGGAAUGCCGCUAUCAGACCCGUAUCUGCUCGGCUCUUCCCCCCAUCUUCCCGACCUCGGUGUCGCCGAUGGCUCGUGAUUUCAUUCUCAGAGCGUUGUCACCCGUCCCCGGCGACCGACCCACGGUUCGGCAGCUGCUGGAGCAUCCCUGGAUUGUCAACUCAGACUCU